CAGUCAGUCAAAAGCAGAGAAACACGAAAGGUAAACAGACAGUUAGAGUGAGGAUUUUGGAAGGAUUUCGGAAAAGGAGAAAAGAAGAGAAAACAAAAUCAGAAAAAAAUAAAAUAACAGAAGUGAACAAGUGAGACAUUUAGAAUAACUCUCCCGUCGAGGAGAUAACAUUUUUAAAGAAUAAAAGGCCGCCAGAAGCUACCAUGGAGGACACCAUCAGCGGAGGGAGCCAGCUCGACGAGCCAAGGGGAACCAAUGGCCAAGUGGGCGACAGCGGCAGCAGUGAGACCGACGCGCUUAGGUUGCCAGAAGCUACCAUGGAGGACACCAUCAGCGGAGGGAGCCAGCUCGACGAGCCAAGGGGAACCAAUGGCCAAGUGGGCGACAGCGGCAGCAGUGAGACCGACGCGCUUAGGUGUACGGAUGGCAUGCCUCAAGGCUUGGUGAGAAUGUCAGUAAACCGUGAUGCUGUGUGCUACAACAUGAGCCACAGGCAGCGUGGCCACUGCGUCAUCUUCAACCACCGCCACUUCGACCAGCACACAGGCCUUGGGGAGAGGAAUGGCACAGACCGUGACCGUGAGCAGGCACAGGAACUCUUCAAGAACCUGGGCUUCCAAGUGACUGUCUACAACGACCUCACUGUGAAAGAGGUCAAGAAGAAACUCAAGGGCCUCGCUGUCGACGUAAACCACUCGGAAUGCGAUGCGCUGGCAGUGGUGUUCAUGUCACACGGGGAGAAGAAUGUUCUUUGGGGCCGUGAUGACACAUUUAAAUCCGAUUACCUGUUUGAAAAUUUCAAAGCCGACCGGUGCCCUACCCUCGCCGGAAAGCCGAAGCUCUUCUUCAUCCAGGCAUGCCGUGGUGAGAAAUUGGACGCAGGCACGACCCUCCAGCGGGACGAGCUUGACUCUGGCUGCCAGUCCUCUUAUAAGAUCCCCAACUCGGCCGACUUCCUGGAGUGCUGGUCCACCAUACCUGGUCACUACUCUUGGCGUAACUCCGCCAAUGGCUCGUGGUUCAUUCAGUCGCUGGUGAAAGUGCUGACCCAAGACAGUGCGCGCGAGGACCUACUCUCCAUGAUGACCAGCGUGAACCGUCACUUGAUACUGAACUUCGAGUCCGAUUGCCCAAAGAAACAUGAAGAGGAACAGGACAUGCAUGAGAAAAAGCAAGCUGCCUACAUUGUCUCAACCCUGAUGCGAAAGGUUUACUUUAAUAGUGACUGCUCCCCGGGCGUAGGGAAGUAGGAGGAGGUCUGACGCCAGGAUCAGAGAUGCAAUAGAAGCGGCCACGAGCUGAAGAGGUGCAGCAACUAGAGCUUGGGAGGUGCACUGGCGGCCCCCACUACCAGGGAGGAGCCUAUGAUUGCUCAUUCGCAUGUGCUAAGAAACCCUCUUUUAUUACAUCCACUAUAUAGUUUUAAGAUUUUUCAAUUAUUUCUUUUCAUAAACUGCUUACGAGCAAGUCUGUUUAAGUUUAAAUUAAAAUAAUUUUAUCUCUUCAAGUUCGCUUUCCUGUACUUAUAAAGUUAGUUUUACUGUUACCGCUCUUGGAAUGCCAUAUGGUAUUUUCAUGCUUUACUAUGAAUAAAUGUAAUUCAGAUUA